AUGUUGUUGCUAUUGCAGCUGGCGUGGGCUUUGGUCGUCCCGCCGUUGCUACAGCAGGCUGGUGCCAACCCCCUACCUCACAUUCGACAACAGUAUGCGCCAGACUCCUUGGGCGCUGUAGCGAGCGAGAGCAGUGUUUGCAGCCAGAUUGGAAUUGAUCUGCUCCGAAAUGGCGGCAAUGCUGCAGAUGCGCUCGUUGGCACUGUCUUUUGCACCGGAGUUAUUGGCAUGUAUCAUAGUGGCAUCGGCGGUGGCGGGUUCAUGAUCGUCCGCAGUUCAAACGGGAGCUACGAAGUGAUAGAUUUUCGAGAAACAGCCCCUGCUGCUGCUUUUCAGGACAUGUACAACAACAACACCAACGCGAGCAUCUUCGGGGGUUUGGCGAGCGGAGUUCCAGGAGAAGUCAGGGGCCUGGCUCAUUUGCAUCAGAACUACGGGAAACUUCCCUGGACGCAGGUAAUGCAAGGCGCCAUAAAGACGGCUAGAUAUGGCUGGACGGUCAGCGAGGACUUGGUGCGUUAUAUGGAAUCGGGAAUGGCUUCCGCCGCAGUUCCCAAUUUCCUCGUCGACGAUCCAAACUGGGCCAUCGAUUUCGCACCCAACGGCACCUUGCUCGGAGCUGGAGACACAAUAACACGGAAGAGGUAUGCGGACACGCUCGAAACCAUUGCUCAGCAAGGGCCUGAUGCGUUUUACCGUGGCCCAAUCGCCGAGGCUACCAUUGCAGCGGUGCAAGCGGCAAACGGAACCAUGACACUCGAGGACCUCCACAACUACACCGUCGCCGUUCGGCAAACCGCCAACAUCACGUAUCGAGGAUAUCGUUUAUUCAGCUGCAGUGCCCCCAGUUCGGGAGAGGUCGCCCUCUCGGUGCUCAAGACCCUAGAACUGUAUCCCGAUUUCUUUCAUGCUGGAACGGUCAAUCUGAGCACGCACCGAUUGGACGAAGCAAUCAGAUUUGGAUAUGGGGAGAGAACCAGUCUUGGUGAUCCAUCCUUUGUGCACAAUCUGUCGGCGUAUCAGGAUGAAAUGCUGUCUGACGCGACAGCACGCGAUAUUCGGAGCAAAAUUUCAGACCUUCGCACGUUGAAUGUCUCGGCGUAUGAUCCAGCUGGGAUUGAAUCCCUGGAAACCCCAGGCACUUCUCAUAUUGUUACAGCAGAUGCCUCUGGGAUGGCCAUCUCCUUAACGACGACAAUCAACUUGUUAUUUGGGUCGCAGGUUCUGGUCCCCGAGACGGGGGUGAUCAUGAACAACGAAAUGAACGACUUUUCCAUUCCCGGAUCGUCGAAUGCCUUUGGAUAUGUUCCAAGUCCGUCCAACUAUGUGCGACCGGGGAAGAGACCACUGUCAUCCAUCUCACCCACCAUCGUUGAGUAUGGGAACGGAACGCUUUACUAUGUUACCGGCGCGGCAGGAGGGUCAAGGAUCAUCACAGCCACAAUUCAGAGUCUGGUCCACGUGCUUGACCAGAACAUGACAGCUCCACAGGCGCUGGCGCAGCCUCGCCUUCACGAUCAACUCAUUCCAAACCAGGUGACGUUUGAGUACGCGUACGACAACGAGACAGUGGCAUUCAUGAAGUCGAGAGGCCACAACAUUUCCUUUAUUGCACCCGGCCAGAGCUCAGCUCAAAGCAUCCGCCGUCUACCCAAUGGCACGUUUGAAGCAGCAGGCGAUCGCAUGGCGGCCAAGUCGCCCGAUCUGGUUGCUUCGCACGACAAGCAUCUCGAAGCCGGCGAAGAAGCAAACACCUCCAGCCAUUCAUCCACCCUCUCGGAAAAGGACCUAGAAGAACCAAACCCAAGGCCGCUCGAUCCCGAUGUAGAACAUGGCAUCCCGGUCAUCGAUACCACUCAGGAUGCCGACGAGAAGGCCCUGCCCGCCGUCACCGUCGACCACGAUCCAAAUAUCGUCGAUUGGGACGGGCCGAAUGAUCCGGAGAAAGCCAUCAACUGGACCAACAGGAAGAAAUGGUCCAACGUGGCCAUCAUAUCUUCCGUCACCUUCCUGACACCACUGGCCUCAUCGAUGGUCGCCCCAGCCACACCCUUGAUCAUGAAAGAAUUCCACUCAUCCAACAACACCAUCGGUAGUUUCAUUGUCUCCAUUUACAUCCUGGGCUACGCUUUGGGUCCUCUGUUCAUUGCCCCGUGCAGCGAAAUAUGGGGAAGGCUCCUCGUCUACCAUGUCAGCAACUUUACGUUCGUCAUCUGGACGAUGGCGUGUGCUUUGGCACCAGGAAUGGGGUCGUUGUUGGUUUUCCGUCUUCUGGCAGGAAUCGCGGGAAGUUGCCCAAUCACCAUCGGGGGUGGCUCUAUAGCAGAUCUCAUUGCCCAAGAGAAGAGAGGUGUUGCGAUGGCCUUGUUCACCCUGGGACCGCUCAUGGGCCCAGUCAUUGGUCCUGUGGCGGGCGGAUAUCUGGGCCAGGGCGCCGGCUGGCGCUGGAUCUUUUGGCUCAUCACCAUCGCUGGCGGCGUCAUGUUGUGUGUCUCGGUCAUCUUCCUGCGGGAGACGUUCGAACCCACGCUCCUGGAGCAGCGGGCAAAACGACUCCGCAAGGAGACGGGGAAUCUCAAUCUACGCUCCAAGCUCGACCAGGGUCUCGCCAUGCGCGUCUUCUUCGUCCGUGCUCUUGUGCGGCCCACCAAGAUGCUCCUCUUCUCGCCGAUCGUCCUCCUGCUAUCUGUCUACAUGGCAGUGGUCUACGGCUACCUCUACCUCCUCUUCACCACGCUCACCAUUGUCUUUGAAGGGCAAUACCACUUUAACCAAGGCACGGUUGGACUGAGCUUCCUCGGAAUUGGCAUCGGUUCCAUGAUUGGCCUGGUCAUUUUCGGGACGCUGUCAGACAAGGUCGUCAAGAAGUUGUCGGCCAAGGGAGAAAUGAAACCCGAAUACAGGCUGCCACCACUCAUCCCUGGCAGUCUCCUCAUCCCCAUUGGCUUGUUCUGGUACGGAUGGUCCGCGGACAAGGCGGUCCAUUGGAUUAUGCCCAUCAUUGGCACGUCCUUUGUCGGAUUCGGUUUGCUCGCCACCUUUAUGCCGAUGCAGACAUAUCUCGUCGACGCAUACCACAUUCACGCCGCCUCGGCCAUCGCCGCCAACACCGUUUUGAGAAGUUUAAUGGGCGCCUUCCUCCCCCUGGCGGGGCCCGAAAUGUACGCGGCUCUGGGCCUGGGCUGGGGCAAUUCUCUGCUUGCAUUCAUCGCGCUCGCUCUGGCGCCGAUGAGUUGGUUCUUCUUUCGCUACGGCGAGACGAUUCGGAAGAAAUACCCGGUCAAACUCUGA